UCUGCCCAACUCAGCCUCCCAAAGUGCUGGGAUUACAGGUAGAGUUGUUGGCAGACAUCCUGGGAUAAGAGAACCGUUUCCUGGAAAGUCUGUGCCUCCAACCAGCAGAGAGGGAUUGAGCUUCAUUGCACUCAACAGAGCCAGCAUUUCAUAGUACCAUGUUCAAGAGGAGGUUGAAGUGGCAUGGCAAUGGUUAGAGACUCUGCUGGACGUGAACACCCUCUGGCUACCUAGGGACCUGUGGGCCUGCCACCUGGUGCCCUCAUGGAGACAAGAAACCCUGGGUUGAACAACAUGAAGCCCCAGUCACUGCAGCUGGUGCUGGAAGAGCAGGUGCUGGCACUACAGCAGCAGAUGGCGGAGAAUCAGGCAGCCUCCUGGCGGAAGCUGAAGAACUCCCAGGAGGCCCAGCAGAGACAAGCAACCCUUGUGAGGAAGCUGCAGGCCAAGGUGCUGCAGUACCGGAGCUGGUGCCAAGAGCUGGAGAAGCGGCUGGAAGCCACUGGAGGACCAAUCCCCCAGAGGUGGGAAAAUGUGGAGGAGCCAAACCUGGAUGAGCUGCUGGUCCGACUGGAGGAGGAGCAGCAGAGGUGUGAGAGUCUAGCAGAGGUGAAUACCCAGCUUCGACUGCACAUGGAAAAAGCUGACGUGGUGAAUAAAGCCCUUAGGGAAGAUGUGGAAAUGACAGUGGACUGGAGCCGGGCCCGGGAUGAGCUAAUGAGGAAGGAGAGCCAGUGGCGGAUGGAGCAGGAGUUCUUCAAGGGCUACCUGAAAGGGGAGCACGGUCGCCUUCUCAGUCUAUGGCGGGAAGUGGUGACAUUCCGACGCCACUUCCUGGAAAUGAAGUCAGCUACUGACAGGUCAGUAUUUGACGGAGCUAAAGCUGAGCAUGUGAGGCUUUCGGGGUCCCUGUUGACCUGUUGUCUGCGCUUGACUAUGGGAGCACAGUCUCGGGAACCCAACGGAUCUGGAAGAAUGGAUGGGCGGGAGCCAGCCCAGCUGCUGCUGCUACUAGCCAAGACCCAGGAGCUGGAGAAGGAAGCCCAUGAAAGGAGCCAGGAGUUAAUACAGCUGAAGAGUCAAGGGGAUCUGGAGAAGGCUGAACUUCAGGACCGGGUGACUGAGCUCUCUGCUCUGCUGACCCAGUCUCAGAAGCAAAAUGAAGAUUAUGAAAAGAUGGUAAAGGCUCUGAGAGAGACAGUGGAGAUCCUGGAGACAAAUCACACAGAAUUAAUGGAACAUGAAGCAUCUCUUAGUAGGAAUGCCCAAGAGGAGAAGUUGUCUUUACAGCAGGUGAUCAAGGAUAUAACCCAGGUCAUGGUGGAAGAAGGGGACAAUAUAGCCCAAGGCUCUGAUCAUGAGAACUCUUUGGAAUUGGACUCUAGUAUCGUUUGCCAGUUUGAUUACCAGGAUCCAGACAAGGCUCUUACUCUGGUGCGUUCAGUGCUGACUCGGAGACGCCAGGCUGUGCAGGACCUAAGGCAGCAGCUUGCAGGCUGUCAAGAGGCUGUGAACUUGUUGCAACAGCAGCAUGAUCAGUGGGAGGAAGAGGGCGAAGCCUUGAGACAGCGGCUGCAGAAGCUCAGUGGGGAGCGAGACACUCUGGCAGGGCAGACUGUGGACCUCCAGGGAGAGGUGGACUCUCUCAGCAAGGAGCGAGAGCUGCUGCAGAAGGCCAGGGAAGAGCUGCGGCAGCAGCUGGAGGUGCUAGAGCAGGAGGCAUGGCGCCUGCGAAGGGCAAAUGUGGAGCUUCAGCUGCAGGGGGACUCUGCCCAGGGCCAGAAGGAGGAACAGCAGGAGGAGCUGCACCUGGCUGUCCGGGAGAGGGCGCGUCUGCAGAGCAGUCAAUUGCAGAGCUGUCGAGUUCUGAAAACACCCUGAAGACAGAAGUAGCUGAUCUUCGGGCUGCAGCUGUCAAGCUCAGUGCCUUAAAUGAGGCUUUGGCCUUAGAUAAAGUUGGGCUGAACCAGCAGCUUCUCCAGUUAGAGGAGGAGAACCAGUCUGUGUGCAGCAGAAUGGAGGCCGCAGAGCAGAUGAGAAACGCUUUGCAGGUAGACCUGGUGGAGGCAGAGAAGAGGCGGGAAGCCCUGUGGGAAAAGAACACUCACCUGG